AUCUGCUUCCCAACCCAUAACUUGCCCAAAAAGUUAGAAACCGAACAAAAUUAAAUAAAAAAUAGCUUUAGCAGUCUUAGGUUAAUCGCUCACUCAAUCUGUUCUUUCUGGCUCACACCUUCAUCCGCAACUCAUUCUCUCAAAAUUUCAGUGUGAUUUAAAAUGUCUCGAAGAUAUGAUAGCCGCACAACAAUUUUCUCCCCUGAAGGCCGUCUAUACCAAGUAGAGUAUGCAAUGGAAGCCAUUGGAAAUGCAGGAACUGCAAUCGGCAUAUUGUCAAAAGAUGGGGUUGUCUUGGUUGGUGAAAAAAAGGUCACAUCUAAACUGCUUCAGACUUCAACAUCAACUGAGAAGAUGUACAAGAUUGAUGACCAUGUAGCAUGUGCUGUGGCUGGCAUAAUGUCUGAUGCCAACAUCCUUAUCAACACGGCUAGAGUUCAAGCCCAGCGCUAUACUUAUGCCUACCAGGAACCAAUGCCUGUUGAACAGCUUGUGCAAUCACUUUGCGAUACCAAGCAAGGUUACACACAGUUUGGUGGGCUCCGCCCUUUUGGUGUCUCAUUUCUCUUUGCAGGGUGGGACAAAAAUUUUGGUUUCCAGCUUUACAUGAGUGAUCCUAGUGGAAACUAUGGUGGAUGGAAGGCUGGAGCUAUUGGAGCAAACAACCAAGCUGCACAGUCGAUGUUGAAGCAGGACUACAAGGAUGAAAUCACAAGAGAAGAGGCAGUUCAGCUGGCACUAAAGGUGCUCAGCAAGACAAUGGACAGUACGAGUCUUACUUCUGAUAAGCUUGAAUUGGCUGAGGUCUUCCUCCUGCCCUCUGGAGAAGUGAAGUACCAGGUUCGUUCACCAGACUCCCUCAGCAAGUUAUUAGUGAAGUUUGGAGUGACUCAAGCUCCUGCUGAGGCCUCUUAAGUUACCGCUCUUUAAGUCUUUUAUUUCAGAUGUGAUUUCAGGAGCAAUAUAUGUAUGUUAGAUUCUCUGCUGGAUGCAACUUUUUCCCAAAAUAUAUUCUUGCUUUGAUUGGACUAAAUUAAUAUUGAUGCCCAUGUGUUGUACCUGGUGGACAAGGUUGAUGUUCUGAUGGUAUCUAGAUCUGAAGGCAUUUCUGUGUGUAAA